AUCGUCCCGUUUCUUUGCUUUUUACUGGUGUAUCGUGUUUGAAGCAGCAUUGAAAUACUCGUUGUUGGCUGAAUAUCUGUGAAAAUGGCUUCAAUCAGUCUGUUAAACCCGAAAGCGGAAUUUGCCCGUGCCGCACAGGCACUGGCCGUUAACAUCGGCGCAGCCAAAGGCAUCCAGGAUGUGAUGCGAACAAAUCUCGGUCCAAAGGGAACGAUGAAAAUGUUGGUCUCCGGUGCCGGUGACAUCAAGAUCACGAAGGAUGGAAACGUGCUGCUGCAUGAAAUGCAGAUUCAGCACCCGACGGCAUCGCUGAUUGCACGGGCCAGUACUGCGCAGGAUGAUAUGACCGGCGAUGGAACUACGUCGACGGUAUUGAUUAUCGGAGAGUUACUCAAACAGGCGGAUAUGUACAUCGCUGACGGGCUGCAUCCACGAAUCUUAGCCGAGGGAUUCGAUCAAGCACGAGCACAGGCUCUGCAAAUUUUAGACGAGAUGGCCUGUCCGAUUGAGGUGAACAGGGAAAGCUUGCUCAACAUUGCUCGCACCUCACUGAGGACCAAGGUUCACCCACAGCUGGCUGAUCUGUUGACGGAAGUCUGUGUUGAUGCUAUCUUGGCUAUUCGAACGGAGGGAAAGCCAGUGGAUUUACAUAUGGUCGAGUUGAUGGAGAUGCAGCAUAAAUCGGCCACCGAUACGCAGCUGGUUAAGGGAAUCGUAAUGGAUCAUGGCUCCCGUCAUCCGGAUAUGCCAAAACGCUUAGAAAAUGCCUACAUUCUGACAUGCAAUGUCUCAAUGGAAUAUGAAAAGAGUGAGGUCAACUCAGGGUUUUUCUACAAGACGGCUGAAGAGCGUGAGAAGUUUGUCCUUGCGGAGCGGGAGUUUAUUGAAGAACGUGUCAAGAAGGUCAUCGAGCUUAAGCGCAAGGUUUGCCAAGGAACUGAUAAGAGCUUUGUUGUAAUUAAUCAGAAAGGUAUCGAUCCGAUGUCGUUGGAUAUGUUAGCCAAGGAAGGGAUUAUGGCUUUGCGACGAGCUAAGCGUCGCAACAUGGAACGGUUGGCGUUGGCCUGCGGUGGCGUGGCCCUUAACUCCUUCGACAACAUGGAUGAGACCAACCUUGGAUAUGCUGGAGUGGUCUAUGAACACGUUCUUGGAGAGAAUAAGUAUACUUUUGUGGAGGACUGCAAGAAUCCGCAAUCGGUGACGAUUCUUAUGAAGGGACCCAACAAAUACACGUUGACACAAAUCAAGGACGCUGUUCGUGAUGGACUUCGCUCCAUUCACAACGCAGUGGAAGAUCGUAAGCUGGUGCCGGGAGCUGGAGCUUUGGAAGUUCGAGUUCAUAAUAAACUGAAGGAACACGCGAAAGAUGUGAAAGGAAAAACUCGUCUAGCCAUCCAGGCGUACGCUGAUGCUCUGCUCGUCAUUCCGAAGGUUCUGGCCGUAAACAGCGGCUACGACGCGCAGGAUACCAUUGUUCGGCUGCAGGAGGAAAGUCGCCUGGACGGAGAUCCUAUUGGGCUAGAUCUGUCUACCGGAGAGCCGAUGAAACCGGUAGAUAUGGGCGUGUUCGAUAACUACAUCGUCAAGAAGCAAAUCCUCAAUUCGUGCACCGUCAUAGCCAGCAAUCUACUGCUGGUGGAUGAGAUUAUGCGUGCCGGAAUGAGCAGCCUCAAGGGAUAAUUUAAGCUGGCAUAGAAGUUUCUCUCAUAAUUUUUACAUUGCGUCAACGUAUUAAGCACGAUUUUGUUCAUCUAACCAGUUUCGCAGCGUUCGGCACGCUUGUUCUAUAAUUGUAACCUUACUAAAAAUGCAACCAGCAGAGUGCGUGGUUUCAGUUCAUUUAAACAUAAAUAAAGCCUGCACGCGUAAUUUCUAGCU